AUGCGAGCUAAUCAAUUCGGCGGCAACAACGAUCGCCGUGGAAAAUACAAGCUGCUGGCCAUAAUUUUGGAGUUAACCAACAUAAAAUGCACUUCGCUGGACACGGACUUCACCGACAUUGACUAUUGUUUCCUAAAAUCUGUAAACCGUAGCUACAAAUACCUUUCGCUAAAGGUGAAGCUCUUCAAGACCCCUAUUACCAAAGUUAAAAUUAAUUUUGAGAUAUUAAAGCGAUACAACGGCUAUAGGCCCUGGCUUUACAACGUUACUGUGGAUGCCUGCCGAUUUCUGAGGAAUCCUAAAUCGAACCUCUUCAUUGAAUACAUACAUGGAUUCUUCAAAAAUUAUUCCAAUAUGAAUCACACCUGCCCUUUUGAUCACGAUAUAAUAGUCGAGAAAGUCCCUAUUAGUUUUAUGAAUGAACGUUUAACACAAGUGCUGCCAAUCCCCACCGGCGAUUACCUUUUCCAAUCAAACUGGCUGGCUUAUGAUAUUAAUCGGGCAAAAGUCAAUUUAUAUUUAACACUUUCUUAA